UCAGCAAGCGGUAGUAUGAGCAUGAUAUACAGUGCGGCUCCCUCCCCCCCCCCACGUGUAUGGCGGCACGGGUCUCCCACCCUCAUCCACCACCACCAUCACCACCCCCAUCCACCAGCACCACCCCCACGCCUUCCUCCAUCCCGGCACCGCUCCCCCGCCCCGCGCUCUCCUCGCUCCGAGUGUCCGACUCGGGGAGCGGCGGCGCCGGCGUCGUCGUCGUCGGCGAUGAUGGUGGUGGUGGUGAUGGGAGGGGGGAGGAGGAGGAGGGAAUGGGGGCGGAGCCUCGCCAACGAAACAGCCCCGGCCCAAUGGCAGCGACGGGAGAGGAAUAAUUAACGCGGUUGCCCCUGGCUACGGGGGAGACGUCAGCACUGGGGCUGCCAAUCAAAGAAAUGACUUCACAAGUUCCCCACCCACCCCCCAGCAGUUUCGUGGCUUCGCGUGCCCCGGGUGGCCGUGGAAGAAGCCCGCACAGACAACGACGACUCGGCCGUGGUGGUGGUGGUCGUGGUGGUCGUGGGGCUUAGGGCGAAGUGGUCGGGAGAGUAUUUUUAAGUAAAUUUUUAACCAAAUCCCCCUUCCACCUCUCAAAGAAAACAAUAUUUUUUUUGUACACGUAUGUAAAGUUGAUUCUUGUUUUGAGUUUUUUUUAUUUAGCGGGUGGGGAGGGUGAAAGAGAUUUGUGGUGCUUGGGGGGGGGGGGGGUUUGGUUUUAGUUUAAAAAAAUAUAUAAAACCAAGAAGACAAAGUCCGGAGUUUGGUCGUCACACGAGCUGCGGCGGCCUGCAGCAAGACACCAUGGGUAAAGGAGUGAAGCGGAAGCUGAGCGCCGACGAGGACGGCUUCCCGGGCGUUGCCGGAGGCGAAGACGGCGACGCCGCCACCGAGCGGCUGUGCCCGGGCGGCGGCGCCGGCGGCGGCGCCGCCGGCGGCGUCGUCGACGGCAGCCGCCGCGGCGGCCCCGGCUACGCGCAGCGCCGGCAGCGCGUGCUCGACGCGUCGCUCCGCAAGAUGCACGCCGGGCAGGCCCUCCGCGACCCCAGCCUGCGCCGCUCCGUCCUCGUCGCCAACACCGUGCGGCGCAUCCAGACCGAGAUGUGCGGCGAGGAGGAACGCGCCGCUGCCGCCGCGGCGGCCGCGGCCGCGGCGGCGGCCGUGGCCGCGGCGUUCGCGUGCCCCGGGGACGUCGACCGCGAGCCGGCGCCCGCCCCGGGCUGCGCCGUCUGCUACGACUACGGCGGGUCGGAGGGCGGCCCGGACUCCGAGCGGCUCGCCAAGCUCGGCGCCGUCGAGCAGCGGCUGCUGCAGGGCGGCCUCGAGAGCAUCUCGUGCGCGCUCACGUCGGCGCUGAAGGACCUCGUGUUCGGCGACGGCUCGGGGAUGAGCGGCGGAGGAGGUCCCGUCGGCGUGGGGCUGACGGCGGCGGCGGCGGCGGCGGCGGCGGCGGGCGUCUGCGUAGGCGGCAACGGCGGCGUCCCGCGGGGCUGGCCGGCGACGGCCGGGUGCGACUGGCACGAGCUGGACUCGGUGUUCAGCGGGCUGGAGAUCGCGGUGGGCCCCACGGCGCGCCUGCUCGCCGACCUGGAGGUGGAGCUCGACGAUCACUUUGCGGACAUCGACACGUCGAUGUACGACGACUCGGACGCGGCCGACCCGUGGCCGCCGGGCCUCUCCGUGUCCCUCCUGGUGGCGCCCGGGAAGGUGCCGCCGGGCUCGCUGUCGGAAGACCUGCUCAGGAACUUGUCGCCCUGCGGCGGCAGCGCCGUUGGUGGCAGCGUUGGUGGCAGCGGUGGCGCGCAGCCGCUCAGAAGCUCGGACUUCAGCGAACUCGAUCAAAUCAUGGAGGUUCUGGUGGGGUCAUGAUAACGACGGAAAGCCCCGGCACCACCCCUGAAGUUUUAUUAAACGUUAUUUUGUGUUUUGACUGCGCCGUGCGGAUGCACGCUUUACAUGACACUAAACUGAACUGCCUCACUCCUCCCGUUUUUUUAAAUUAAGGCCGAUUUUGUGCCUUGGCCAACUCGGUCAUGAAUGUUGGAAAUGGAUUUUUCUUUUUAUAUUUAUAGUAUUUAUUGAAAUCAAGCACAAACUUCGACAUCAAGCAAAGAUAAUUCUGAAAUAAAUAACGGUUUUCCAUUGCAGGUAUUUCCACAGGACGUUGCGUUAUCCGUAUUUUCCGAUGUGCCUAACAGCAAGAUGAACUGCAAUAGACUGGCUUCUCGAAACAGGACAAGACUGUCGAGCAAAACAGAUGUUUUAUCCCAAAAAAAAAGUCUACUUUUUGUAAACUUCGGACGUUCAAACGUGAGUCCGUCUCCCUCCCCCCACGCGGGGGGGUGGGAAAAUAGAAAAUGACAACUUUUGCUUAAAUGCACGGAAAACAGUACUUCCAUUUUUAUCGAACUAUCGUGUCGUUCUGUAGUUUUUUGAAACUUGUUGUUUGUGACGUGCAGUUAGCAGCACUGAGUCGUACGUUUGCCAUAACCUUUUUGCAGUGUCUCUGAUUCAAUGUUUUCUGAAGAUGAUUUCCCCCCGCCCCUUUAACAUCUUUAUCAAUAAGCAAAACCUUGUGGUGUGUGUUAGCAUUAAGACAUUACGUACAUGUGAGCCCAAGAAGAGUAAUGAACUCUGAUGGGUUUUUUUUUUAUUCUCGGGGCGAACGUGUCGAUCUUAUGAUGAUUAUUAUUUUAAAUGUGUAUAAUUUAGUCCACGUGAAAGAGCGAGGCGUGUAAGAAUUGAAAGUCGAUUGCAGGCUCGUGGGUAUGAUUGCUGGUGUGAAAUUAAUUGUACAUUUUAUACAAAAUUUGCACAGGAAUUCUAUACUUUUUCUAAAAAAAUAUUCUAAAGAUGACUUUUAUAUUUGGAAUGCAUGCUUUAUUUUAAGAGAGAUAUUGUAUUUAUGUGUCUGUGGUGCGGCCCACACGAAGGAAGAGUCAUCGUGAAGUCGUGAACUCUGCGGAUGAAGCCCUCCGAUGGCAAACUUGCCUCAGCGCACGCUGAAUACAUUGUGCAUCUGCACAGGCAAUUUGCAUUGCAAUGUAAUGCAUCGUCCCAGUGAUCUGAUCCUGCCCCUAGCUCCCAAUCCAAUCACGGAUUACUUUCAAAAUCACACUCACUCCCUUUAAGAUCCUCCAUGGACUCACCCCUGCCUAUUAUCCCCUCUCAUCUCACUCUACUCCCCUCCACGCACUCUCAUACCUCUCCCCUCUCAUCUCACUCCACUCCCCUCCACGCACUCUCCUACCUCCCCCCCCUCAUCUCUACUCCCCUCCACACACUCUCCUACCUCUCCCCUUUUAUUUCACUCUACUCCAUGCACUCUUCUCUCCAGAAAAAUAAUUUUGUGUCGAUUCCCCUUUGCUCAGCGAGAGGUCACCUCUUCUCAUCUGCUGCACCCUGCGGCUGGAACUCCUUCCCCCCCCCCCCCCCAGCCAUCCGUGCUGUCGACUCCCCCCUGCCGCUGUUCAAGUCCAGGCUAAACAAAAAAAAGUCUUCCUAUUCUCCUCUGCCUAUUACUGAGGACUGCCUCUAGUCAGAAAAUACAACAGCCCCACUCUUCCUGUGCAGCAUCACGGAGAUGAAUCCAAAUUGCGUUGCGCUCAUCUCCAGGGAACGCCGCCGAGUUCACGGAGACGCGAUGGCCUUGCUCGCAUAGCUCGCACCUUCCAUGUGACGACGUCGCCACCGCCCGACGUUCUGUCGUUCAGUGUUUGCAAGAGAAAGCCGAGGCCGCAACACUCGUCAGCCGUGCACAUGUUCGGUCACUUUGUGCUACGUGGGGGGAGAGGGGGGGGGGGCAUUAAAUCUGGGAAGGACAAUUUGAAAGAGCUGCGUUAAGAAAGUGGAUUGCUUCCCCGCCCCCCUCCCCCCCCCCCUUUGUCAAAUGUAACAAUUCGGCAGGCGAAUCGUUACAUCGCUUAGGGGCUUAAGUUCUCACCGAAUAUAUUCCCCGGAUCACUGUAUUCCAGGAGAUGGCACGUGACUACUAGUAGCCGCGAACCCCACAGCGAGGGAAUCUGAAUAAAAAGGUAUACUGGAUGCGGUGUGCCGGGUUUGCUUGGGGAAAAAACUGUUUAGGGCACACCGACCCAGAUGGACCUGGCUGAAAUUAAACUCUGAGUAUCGCUCAAACCUCCCUCCCUCGUGUUUGUGGCGUCUCGUCGAGCGCUGUGGCCCCCCCCCCGACCCCCCCCCCCCACGUUUUGUCUGUGCCCGUGUAACUUAUUGGUAAUUUAUUGAAAACGAUCAGUUCGAUGUCUCUGAAAACAGGAUCGCGCCGCGCACUGUUGUGUUUGAAAUUAAGAACACGUUCGAUUUUUUCUUGUUGUUUUUCCUCCCCCCUCGUCUUUUGCCCGAACUCCCGUCAUCGAGUUCCCCUCCCCAAGUCCCCAGUCUGUUCAACGUUCUUGUCGCAAUCCCUGCAGGCUAUAACGCAGAACCUGUUACAGCGCCGUAGCAGCGUCGCGAGUUCGGUUUGCGAUGGAUCUUUCUUCGCUUCCGAGUAAAGACGAGAGGGGGUUACGACGCUGGUUCGCGCGCGUUCGGAGGAGGGAAGUUACGGGAAAACGCUCGAGUCCUCGUACUACAAGCGCAGCGUUGCCGGAUUGACGAGAAAGCCGAAAAAGCAUUGUCUGCAUUCAGCCCCCCCCCCCCCAUGGCUUAUCAACUGCCCUUGGUGGUCGUCCCAUCGGAGUGGGUUCCACACGGGACUUGAUUUCUCACGGAGUAUUUAUCCCCGAGUCGACCAUGGAGACUUGAGUAGGUUGGCGCGCGACCAGUGUCCACGGGCCAUCGCAGGAUGGUGUGUACUGGAUGUGGUGUGCCGGAGUGCAAACAUGUGUUUUGCGUCGCUAGCUCGGACGCAAAAACAUUAAACCCUGGAUCUACACUGCUUCGAAAUUCGGUUGGGGGAGGGGGGGCUGUUGCUUUAAAGGCUGUCUUGUUAUUCGGGGGCACAGCCAGGAGUCAGAAUCAUUUAUUUAUACUGGAGGAAUCCCUUGAGCUAUGAAGUGCUUUUUCACAGAUUUCCAGUAUAGGGGAGGGGGGUGCAUCUUGAACAAUCACUUGUCAAAUGUAUCCCAAAUGCGUGCACAAUAUUAAUUGGAGGUUUCACGUUGACUUUAAAAUCAGUCGACUCGGAUUCGGUAUCCGGGAAUAUAGUUUACAGUGAAAAAGCCAUCAAGAUUCUCCAACCAGUGUUCUCGUAAUAAUCUCAUGGUUGGCUCAACUGGUUGACCGUAACGAUCAACUCGUCAAGACAAUACAAUGAUCUGUCGUCAGUCGGGGGUCGCGAUUCGAUUCGAGAAUCGAUCAUCGUCUCAACGUCCGGGUGAACCUGGCGGCUACGAGCGACCGUGCGAGGCACGGCGGGGAGAGUCACGUGACCCCCAUUACGUGCGUCGCGAUCGACAAACGUCGCCUUUUCAAUUGGGUGCAUCGGGAGCUGCAGAAUCGAUGUCCAUCGAUGACUUGAAGCAUCCAUUUUCGACUCUUGUUUUCCAAUUCUGCGGCAUUUUCUCUUUCACGUGUAUAAAACGUUACAAACCUGAAAGAGCAAUAGUUCCCAGACACCAAUGUGAACACCUUACAAUUCCUGGCUGUGCCUCCAACUUAACUUUCCUUUCGCAAAACAACAACAGCAACAACCAAGAACCAUCCACGGUUCACGGGCCGAGACCGGACGUUUCACUUUGUCAUGACCGCCCCAAGGGCGACGACACUUGGGCGGCACCAAUUUCUUUAUUUGCUCAAUAAAAGCGAUUUGUGACACAACCUUUCCGAAUGAAUUGGUUAUUUUUUUAACCACUUUUAUCGAUCGUACAAAAGAAAUCAUUACGAGCAAAGUUUUUUGGCGUUCUCGUGCGGUCCCUAACCUUCGCCGUGGUCCGCGGGCGAUCGUUGAAAAUGUGGGCCACUUUAAUUUUUGUUAUGGCCACAAAUCUCUCGUUGAAGAAAACCUCCCUUAUCCGUUGGACCCUACUACCUACGACUCCUAUGAUCCGCGGGUCUUCAUCGGGAAAUUCCACCAUGAUUCUUACGCUCGAAUGUUUCCGCAGAUAGCCAAUCGGCAAAGUAGUCGCCAUUAUUUUGAGAUUAUUCGCAAUUUUGCCCGACAGAUAGGUGGAGUAACUUCCCAGAUAACCAAGCGGAUAACGACAUUAGAUUUGCUAUGUUUGUCCCCCACAUCACCACAGAUAGGAGGAGUUCUGCAUGAAGCUGGGUCACACGCUCUUGCGACUAUGUAGAAAAUUAAACUCAAACCGAAUAGAACUCUGGGUCAGAGGUCAGAGAGCGGAGCUGCCACCACUGAUAUACUGAAUUAAGUAUCUAGACUUAGACCGCUUUUCGUUCAAACGUGGUCCUCACGUGUAGCGAGAUGGUCUCGGCCCAGUCUCCAAAUGACUGCGAAAAAAUAUCACGUUACAUUUGUGCGGUUUCACUUAAUUUUAAAAUCUUGUUUUUGCCCGUCACGCGACAAACACCAAUGUCCUGGCAAAGUGUGUGCGAGAAAGCUCCGCCCCAUGUUGCUUACAGGUUUAAAAGAUGCCACUUGAAAGGGUAUUUCAGAAGAAGUUCUGUAAACAUCUCUUGCGUGGCCGUUAUCGGACACACGGUGUGUGGGGUGGUGGUGGUGGUGGUGUUCACAUAGCUCGGUGAGAUUUCCGAAUGGAUUCCUUCCGGUAGCGAAACGGCAAUUUCGACUGUCGUAAGACUGAAACGUAACUUCACCCUGAGCCCUGACGGCGCUCCCGACAGCGACUCGAGUUUCAAAUCGGCAGCCUCGACACCGGCAACAGUUCGCGACCGGGAAAAUCGCACCCAGCUCUUGUUCCCCGGGCGACUCGUUGCAGCGACUCGUUUGUCGGCGACUCGUCGCUUGCAACUACCGCGUUGGUGAAACAGCUCGCGACGAAUCAGCGGUCGGGCGAUUUUGUGGAAGCGCGCGCGCGUGCGACCCAGCGGGGUACUACGUGGUGCGCGGUUGAUGUGCAACGCUUUGGUCGCAGGCAAACAGUUGAAAUGUGUGUUGCAGGCAUCCAAAGCGUCGUCGCCACCGCCACGUUUCCCCAAAAAUGUACCCUGCGGCCCUGUAGUUCAAACGUGUGGAAUUGUUGCAAUGUGACGCUUUCGAUGGGGUGACGUUUGGAAGAAUGUCAGUUUUAAUUGUAGAUGUUGCUAUUGUAAGUUAAGAUUCCAAAAAAAAAAUAAGAAAACAUAUACCGGUCAAUCUAUGCAUUUGCUAUGAGUAAUUAUUUUAAAUCAUUGCGUUAUUUAUAUAAUUUGUUGUAAUAAACUGUUCAAUUAAAAAAAAAUACUCUUA